AUGGCCUCAGCUGGUGUCGAAAAUGCUAUCAACUGCGAAAAGGAGAUUGUUCGUCCAGUCGCCAACUUCUCUCCCAGCUUAUGGGGUGAACAGUUUAUCAAUUUUGCUUUUGAUUAUGAGUUAGCACAAAAAUAUGCAAAGGAAAUUGAAGGCUUAAAGAAUGAAGUGAGAAGCUUGCUGAAAGCUCCUGAAAAAGACAUGAUGGAGACGAUGAAUUUGAUUGAAACACUUGAGCGCUUGGGCAUAUCAUAUCACUUUGAAGAUGAGAUUGAAGAACUUCUUGAACAUUUCUUUAAUCUCAACUCAAAUUAUGCUGAUGAAGCCUAUGACUUGUACACUGUUGCACUUCAUUUUCGUUUAUUCAGACAACAUGGCUACCGCGCAUCUUGUAGUGUGUUUGACAAGUUUGUAGACGAGAAUGGAAAAUUCAAAGAGACUAUUAAGAGUGAUGCAAGGGGCUUGCUGAGCCUAUACGAAGCUGCAUAUUUAAGAGUACAUGGAGAAGAUAUACUGGAAGAUGCUCUUGCUUUCGCAACAGAGAACCUCAAAUCCAUGACACCAGAUUUAACAUCUCCCCUUGGCAAACAAAUAGCUCAUGCCCUCGUGCAAUGCUUCCAUUUUGGGAAUCCGAGAAUUGAGGCGCACAAUUUUAUUUCCAUCUACCAAGAAGAUGAAUCCAAGAAUGAAGUGCUGCUGAGGUUUGCCAAAUUAGACUAUAAUUACUUGCAAAUGCUGCACAAACAGGAGCUCUAUGAAGUCUCAAGGUGGUGGAAAGAAUUGGACCUUGUGUCUAUACUUCCGUAUGCUAGAGACAGAGUGGUAGAAUGUUUUUUCUGGGCUAUGGGAGUGUAUCAUGAACCUCAAUAUUCAGUUGCUCGAAUCAUGCUCACAAAAACCAUUGCAAUGACUUCAAUAAUAGAUGAUACGUAUGAUGCCUACGGUACAGUCGAAGAACUAGAAGUUUUUACGGAGGCAAUUCAGAGGUGGGAUAUUAGAGAAAUCGAUCGGCUACCAGAGUAUAUCAAACCAUUCUACAGUGCUCUUCUCAAUCUUUAUGAGCAGUUUGAUGAAGAACUAUCAAAAGAAGGAAACUCUUAUGCAAUCUAUUAUGCAAAAGAAGCUUUGAAAGAACUUGUGAGGACUUACUAUGUGGAAGCCAAGUGGUUCAUUGAAGGAUACUUACCGCCAUUUUCUGAGUACAUGAGCAACGCCUUAAUCACGUGCACUUACGUUUAUCAUACAACAACAUCCUUGUUGGGGGUGAAAUCCGUCACCAAGGAACAAUUUGAAUGGCUAAGCAAUAAACCAAAAAUGCUCGUUGCAAGCUUAAUAAUAUGUCGACUCGUUGAUGACAUUGCUACUUAUGAGGUUGAGAAGGAGAGGGGGCAAAUUGCUACUGGCAUUGAAUCAUACAUGAAGGAGAAUUGUGUUACAAAAGAAGAAGCUGUUGAUAAAUUUUUCGAAAUGGCUACAAAUGCAUGGAAGGACAUCAAUGAAGAGUGUCUUCGACCAUCUUCAUCUUCUAGAGAAAUUUUAAUGCGAAUUCUCAACCUUGAACGUAUUAUAGAUGUCACUUACAAGGGCAACGAGGACGGAUACACACAACCCCAAAAAGUUUUAAAACCCCACAUCAUUUCUUUGUUUAUUGAGCCCAUCAAGGUCUAAAAUAGUAAUUGGGACCAUGUCGGGCGAAAUAGAUAAUUAAAUUGUAUUUUUCCUUUAUUCGUUUCCUUAUUUAUAAAUAUUAAGAUGAAGCUUUGAGCAAGGUUUACAUACACAUUGCAAGUGUAUAUGUUUCCAAUUAAUAUAUGUAUUCUUUGAGUGUUGAUGUUAUUUAAAUUCUACGAAAUACUUUAUUUUA